CUCUAGAAUCACAAAGAUGUAGUGCUGGUUCGGUUCUGCAUCGGCAGGCAGACUGGGCUUCCUCCUAAACUCGGGAUGUUUCCUCUGCUGCUUUUCCUCCACGUCGUCGCCCUGAAAUGUAGCGCCGAGCUGCUGGACGUCGAGGUAGACCGGUACCACAUGCCCAAACGUUGCCCUCGCGAAGUCCAAACGGAGGACUUUGUUCGGUAUCACUUCAACGGAACCUUCCAGUCGAACGGCAAGACGUUCGACUCCAGUCAUGUCCGAGGUAAGGAAUAUGUCAGUCAGGUGGGAGUGGGCCGCCUCAUCCACGGAAUGGACCGCGGCCUGCUGGGUACCUGUGUCAACGAGCGCCGUAGGAUCACCGUCCCGCCGCACCUGGCCUACGGGAGCGUAGGAACAGGUGGCGUGAUCCCGCCGGACGCCAUCUUGGUUUACGACGUACUGUUGCUGGACAUUUGGAACUCCCAGGACAAAAUCCAAAUCCGCAGUCUAAGCAAACCUGAGCGAUGCGCACGCGCCGCCGCCGCCUCCGACUUUGUGCGCUACCACUACAACGGCACCCUGCUCUCCGGGAAGACCUUUCUCUCCAGCCAUGCUAAGAACGCGACCUACGACACGUACUUGGGGCAAGGCGACCUAAUCGCGGGCAUGGAGGAAGGCCUGCUGGGAAUGUGCGUCGCAGAAAGACGCAUCGUCAUCGUCCCGCCGUUCCUGGCGUACGGAGAGAAAGGACACGGAAGUGUUGUGCCCCCUCAGGCCACGCUGGUGUUUGACGUUCUGAUGGUGGACGUGUUCAACCCCAAAGACGACCUCGUGGUUGAAGUCCAGGAGGUCCCGGAAGGCUGCGAGCGGAGGAGUGCCGUGGGGGACUUCAUCCGCUACCACUACAACGGCACCUUCCAGGAUGGGACCGCCUUCGACUCCAGCUACAAGAGGAACAGUACGUACAACACGUACGUGGGCCGAGGCUACGUCAUCGCAGGCAUAGACCGAGCCCUGGAGGGUCUGUGCAUGGGCGAGAAGAGGAAGGUGGUGGUGCCGCCUCACCUGGCGUACGGAGGAGAGGGCGUCGGCGAGCUGAUCCCCGGCUCGGCCGUGCUGGUGUUCCACAUCCACGUGCUGGACUUCCACAAGCCCGACGACGCGGUGGAGGUGAAAGUGGUCCGCCGGCCCGAGGAGUGCGGGCCGGGAAGCCGGGAGGACGACUGGCUCCGCUACCGCUACAACUGCUCGCUCAUGGACGGCACGCUGCUGUACUCCUCGGACCAGUACAACUCUCCAUCUGUCACCACGCUGGGAGCCAAUGAGGUGAUUCCGGGUCUGGAGCAGGGUUUGAUGGGCAUGUGCGUGGGCGAGACCAGGGAGGUGGUGGUCCCGCCGCACUGGGGUCACGGGGAAAACGGAGCUGGCGUGGUUCCGGCUAGCGCGGUGCUCUUCUUCCAGCUGGAGCUGCUGGAGCUGCAGAAAGGCGUCCCCAAAGGCUUCAUGUUCGUGUGGCUGGGCGACGUCCCCGAGCCCCUCUUCCCCGCCAUGGACCUGGACGGCGACCGCCAGGUGCCCCUGCAGGAGUUCUCGGACUUCAUCGCGCUGCAGGUGCAGAGGGGCAACGGGCGCCUGAGGCCCGGCAUGCCGCCCGACGACAUCAUCCGGGACAUGUUCGACAGUCAGGACCUCGACAAGGACGGGAAGAUCGUCGUCCGGGAGGUGACGUUACGGGUGGACGACCGGGACGAGUUGUAAAAGGAGCAAACUUGCACAUUGUCAUGUCUACAAGCCACUACGUAUUUGUUUCACUCACUGGACACAACAUUAGGUACACCUCCAUAGUCGAACAGCCGUUAAAACGGGGAACAUUAAAACCGACCCAGUCAAGAGUCAAAACUGGAACCUUCCAACUGUGAGGCAGAUCUGCUAGCCACCACUCUGCUGUGCUGCCAGCACUCUUUCAAAUAUGUCAUAUUUAGUGCAUAGUAUUGAUUAAAAUGUGUAUAAUGCUCUAUUUACAAAAUAGGCGGGAGUAUGUAUAUUUAUUCUGAUGAUCUUCCGUCUGUCUCUCCUUGUCCAUUCUCAUCCCAAAGUUGACAAGAAAAACACAAUAGUGAGUGAGGUGCAUAUGCCAAUUUUUGUAAAAUUGGAUUUUCUGGGACAAAUAAGAUGCCCGGUGAGUAAAGGAGAGCACGUCUGCCUCGCAGUCAGGAAAUCCAGGUUUGAAUCUCUGUCUUCCAUGAACCUAACAGGCAUGUUUGUAUUUCACCAUGUUGCCUGUUUUUGGACCCUCAAAUGCAAAAUACAGUGGUGCCUUGAGAUAGUUAGGGUUAGGCUAACCCUAACCUACCAGCAAAGUCUUCAAAAAAGAGGCUUCAAACUGUUUACUGUCAAACUAAAACAUAAAACAAAGAGAAUUACACUUUGUAUAUUUCAAACAACCAAACAACUGCCUUGCGCCUGCUAGCUUUGUGCUAAUGCACAAUGGGAAACGUCAUAGAUGGGCUAAGGAAUAGCAUCGGUGUCGCGCGGUUAUAACCCAUUAAGCAAUGACUAUUUGAACACAAGCUGUUGAGCAACACAUAGACCGAUAAUUCAUACAGGCAUAUAGUCUUUGUCCAAUAUUAUUUCACCUUACUGAGUCACAGAAAGUAGAGGUGACUCUUCGUUUGUGUGUGGAACCAUUGUAUCCUGCUUCCUGUUGGCCAAAACUGGUACACAAGGAGCAGCACAAUGCAUGAAAUCAUGAGACACUGAUGCUUUCUUCAUAUUCAAAUUCUAUUAUGUUGUUUCUGUUUAUGAAGUACAAUAAUAUAGAGUGCUAUUUUCCUUCCUGACAAACCCAUUACAUUUUUUGUUGGAAUUAUUAGGUAGGCCGGAACGGAUUAAUGGUGCUCCUUUCAUUUCACUGGGGAAAGAUGAUUCUGAGUUUCUACACAUUUGAAAAUACUUUUUCCAGAUCCUAAUUUCCAGACUAAAAAACUCUAAUUGAAGUCCAAUGUUAGGGAGGCACUGCUUUAAACUCUCCGUUGGUCUUUGUUGAUUGGACGGCACUGUAAAAAUUGUACCCUAAGUACUUGAAGUUUUGACUUAUAAGAAAAUCUGGGAAUGGAAUUUCCUGAGCUAUUCAGAAUCGAGUAUUCGCUAAAACCUUGGUAUAAAUACUGUGCUCUCACACAAACGUAGCUGCACGUCUCAGUGCCUUAAAAAAAAAAAAAAAAAACUGAUUGAUUUUUUUCAUUAUUAUUAUAUUUUUUUUAGAUAUUCAUAUUUUGUUUUAGAAAAUAGAGCUGUCUUAACAGUCUUGGAAAUAUGAAUAUUUUUUUCGUACAAUAUUUUCCAUUCUUUUCCAGACUUGGAAAUAUAUUAAAUCAAAUUCCGUACUUUUCCGUCCUUUUCAUACUUUCGUAGAAACCCUGAUUGAGUUGAGAUAGUAAUUUUUUUAGUCACAAGCAUGGUCGCUGAGCCAAACCAAUUCGUCUCUCAAGCCACCACUGUAUUAGAAGACAUGUCGAACUAAUACUGGGGUCCGAUUGAUUAACAUGCCAGGUGAUUUAAUCGGCCAAUAUUAGCCCUUUUCAAAUCGGCAGAUUUUUUUUUUAACACAUUACAACAUAAGACGAGUAGCGAGUUGUCUCAUUUGUGAUUAAGGGCUUAAACUUGACUAGACAAAGAUACUAAGUUACAAUCAAUCAAACAAAAAAAAUAAUAAUUGGCUGAUUUUUCUGUUCAAUACUAAAGGAGAAAGCAUUGUAGAAGAUUCAAAUGUUCUGCCUGCAAUUCGUAUCAUCAUUGUUGGAUUUAGGGACCACAAAAAAGUUCUUUUAUUCAUUAUAUAUUUUCUAAUCGGCCAUCAAAAAUGUACUUUGCCAAAUAUCAGAACGUGUCUAAAAAAAAAAAUCCAUAUCG